ACAUUGAAUUGUCAAACACUUCCUACAUGAUGUCCAGUAACCAUUGUACAUGGCUCUCUCUAUUAUCUUAACCAGCACACAGCUGAAAGCAGCACUAUGAGUUCUUAUUCUCUUCUUUUUGCUCUUGUUUGCGUUUGUGAAUGUUUCAUCCUUCCAGCUACAGCGCAAAGAGUUAAUGCCUGGAGUGAUGUGAUCAUGGUGGAAAAAGGCACAGCCGUCACCCUGCGCUGCUCUGAGGAUCCCCAAGUAACCCCCAGGCUGGUCAAAUGGAUGAUGAUGGGAGAGAAGGGGACACGAUGGACCAUGCUGUUUUCAGGGGACAUUCGAGAAAGAGGGAAUAGGAGAGAAAUACAGGGAGGCAGAAUCUUGGAGAUAUCUGAUUAUAUUUUCUUGCGAUUUACUGCCACGGAGGAUAGUGGAGGGCUCUACUCUUGCCUGGUGGAGAAAGAAGACAAGAAGUUCAAAGAGAGGAUUGUUCUUCUGGCUGUUGUUAAACUGUCCUUAGCUCCAGCGUCUGUCAUCCCCAUCGACAGCACUGCGAGUUUGAAAGCUGAAGUAUCUCCUUCCUAUGCUGUAGCAGGCGGGACGUGGCUCUCACGCACCGGUUCCCUGUUACUCACUGACAUGUCCUUAGCAGGCACCCUGCUCACCAAACUGCCCCGUGUCACCCCCAGUGACAGCGGCACCUACACCUGCAACAUUACUGUGGACGGCCAAAGCAGGAAUCCUGGCUACAGCUACACACUCAGCGUGACGGUAAAUGAGAAGCAAGUGGCAUGGUUCCCAAAUAUUACAUAUGUCUCACUAUUUUCUUUAGAGGAAAUCCCCACUGGGGAUAUACCAAUAUGUUUCAGCUCAUACAUGCUCCAAAAUGAAGAAGUUGGAGGGGAGAAAGUUGCAGGACCUUUGCACAGUCUGGCAGCUCUGGCUCAGUCAGCUGUAACACUUCCCUGCGCCGACAUCAAUGGCGACUAUGUCCUGCUGUACUGGUGGCGUCCAGAUUCACCAAGCACAUCACCAGAGCUGAUUUACCAGUUUGACCGCUGGAGAGAUUCCAGGAAGCAGUCUAAUCUCCGCCUCAGUUUGCUCAACCACUCCUCUGUGCUUUCUGGGAAAUUCUCUUUCCUCCUGAGGCCAGAGUUAAAAGAUGCAGGCCGCUAUCAGUGUGAGGUCUUUAGGGAUGACAAGGUUUUGGCUCAGGUUACAGCAUUGACUGUUUUAAAAGGCUAUGGUACAUUCAGCUCUUCCUCGAUGGACCUGAACUGUCUGUAUAACGAACGUUCUCAGGUAGCUUCAGUUAGAUGGUCACACAUCCAGAGGCCUGAACGCCAGCUGACUGCAAGCGCAGUUAUGGGUCAGAAAAUCAUCACAAUAGACCUCCCAAUAACGGCAGACACAGCCGGCCAGUACGUCUGCACUCUUCAACUAAAAAACGGACAAAUUGUCAGAUAUCUUCACACAGUCACCAUGACUAAUACAGAGCCACCUUGCUGUGCGAAUGAGCUGCCUCAUGAAUUAACCACCCGCUCUGCUGUCUCUCUGCUGCAGCCUACUGACAGUAACAGUACACCUGAGCCACCCAUUCUUCUCCCAGCUCUCUCACUUCUGCUCUUUUUGCUACCCGUGGUUGCUGUUGCUGUCGGGGUGUUGCUAUGGAGACAAGGACCUUGCACCUUCACUCAAAAUAUGGAGCGUACCCUGUCUCACUACUCUGGAGAAGUGGAGAACAUCUAUGAAAAUCCUGAGGAUGUGAGACAGUCACCUCCACAAGAUGCAGUGUAUAUGGAUCUGAAGCUCACAGGCGAGACGGAUGUUUAUAGGGAAUUAGACAGAUAUGACCAGUGUUGUGGCUGAGUUUGUGAAUAUAAGAUGCUGUCACGUUACCAUGCACUGAAGACAUUAUGUUGCAAAAUCAAAAUAAAUGAUCAUUAUGGGAUGUUGAAUUUGUUCAUUGUGCACAUUCACCCUUUUUUGCUUUUAGUAUUCAGGUUAUUAUCAUGGUGUAAUAAUGUGAUGAAUUACAAAAGGAGUGUUUAGUCCCAAGCAAAAAGAAGAAGAAAAUACUAACAAGAUCAACACGUAACACAAAUACGUUUUCUGAAAUUUGAGUAAUUAUAGGAGAGCACUGUGGUGGUGAUAGCAUUGCCACCUCACAGCAUCGGGGUCAUGGGUACGAUCCUGACCUCAGAUCACUGUCUUUUUGGAGUUUUAUAUGUUCUCCCCGUGUCCUUAUAGUCCUUAUAACCUUCAGGUUCUUUAGUUUUAUUCCGCUGUCCAGAAUCUUAAGAAAAACAUAAAUUGCUUCCUGGGUUACUGAUAACAAGAUACACUCUUUACCUGCCCGGAAUUACAUGACAUGCCGUGAGGAAUUUUUAUAUACACCGAUCAGCCAUAACAUUAUGAGCAGUGUUAGUGGGUGGGAUAUAUUAGGCAGCAAGGGAAUAUUUUGUCCUCAAAGUUGAUGGAAGUUAAAACCAGGAAAAAUAGGCAAGUUUAAGGAUUUGAGCGAGUUUGACAAGGGCCAAAUUGUGAUGGCUAGACCACUGUAUCAGAGCAUCUCCAAAACUGCAGCUGUGGGAUGUUCCUGGCCUGCAGUGGUCAGUAUCUAUCAAAAGUGGUUCAAGGAAAGAACAGUGGUGACCUGGGGGUAAAGGCUCUUUGAUGCACGUGGGGAAGGCUGUGAAGGCUGGCCCGUGUGGUCCGAUCCAUCAGACAAGCUACUCUUGCUCAAAUUGCGAAGAAGAAUUAGAAAGGUGUCAGAGUACACAUUGCACGAUGGGUCAUGGCUGUUUUGGCAGCAAAAAGGGGGGCCAACACAAUAUUAGGCGGGUGUUCAUAAUGUUAUGCCUGAUCAGUGUAUAUGACGGUAUGCAAAACUUUGUAUACCCGUAACACAUACUGAUAAAUGUGUGAUGUGAUGUGCACACAUUGGUAUAUUGAUAUUAAUAUUAAUAAAGUAUAUAUAUAAGUUCAAUCAUUUGUUUUUCACUUUCUAAUGUGUCGAUAUUUUCUAGACUUCUAUGCCUCUAACAACUUUCAUAUCCUCUAAGCAGCUCUUGAUUUCCCUCAGCUAUUCCAUGCCAUUUCCAGUGGCAAUCCAUUAUACAUUCCCUACUUUGUAUUAAUCACUAAAAAUUUGAUUCUUAAAAAUUAUAAAAAGUACAUUUUCAAGAAACAAGUUCUUGUUCUCACUUGUCUCAACUGUGUCUAUAUUUUUUUAUAUAUAGCAGCUCUUUUUGU